AGCUCUGCACGGGGCCGCCAACCGAACCACCUCAAGAGCUGCGGAUUGCAGCCUCGGCGGACCCGAGAGGUAGAGAGCGACAUGGCGGCGGCCAAGCCCGAGAACCUCUCCCUGGUGGUACACGGACCCGGAGACCUGCGCUUGGAGAACUAUCCUAUCCCUGAACCAGGCCCAAAUGAGGUGCUGCUGAAGAUGCAUUCUGUUGGAAUCUGCGGCUCAGAUGUCCACUACUGGCAGCAUGGUCGAAUUGGAGAUUUUGUUGUGAAAAAGCCAAUGGUGCUGGGGCAUGAAGCCUCAGGAACAGUCAUAAAAGUGGGAUCAUUGGUCAAACACCUAAAACCAGGUGAUCGUGUUGCCAUCGAGCCUGGUGCUCCCCGAGAAGCUGAUGAAUUCUGCAAGAUUGGCCGAUACAAUCUGUCACCAACCAUCUUCUUCUGUGCCACGCCCCCUGAUGACGGGAACCUCUGCCGGUUCUACAAGCACAAUGCUAACUUCUGCUACAAACUUCCUGACAAUGUCACCUUUGAGGAAGGGGCCCUGAUUGAGCCACUGUCUGUGGGGAUCCAUGCCUGCCGGCGAGCUGGAGUCACCCUGGGGCACAGGGUCUUUGUGUGCGGAGCUGGGCCAAUUGGACUGGUCAGUUUGCUCGUGGCCAAAGCAAUGGGUGCAUCUCAAGUGGUGGUGACUGGGUUGAAAAGCCCACCAGGAGAUGACCAAGUCAGGGCUGAGGAGGAGACUCUUUUGAAGCUCCUGGGAGAGGGUGGCUGCUGCAGAGAAGAGGACCUGGCUCUUUAUAUGUGGACCUCAGAUGCUUAUACUGCCCACUUGGUCCUAAGAAGAGUUUCAGCCCUUGAUCUGUCAGCCUCUCGGUUGUCUAAAGCCAAGGAAGUUGGAGCUGAUUUCCUUCUCCAGAUCUCCAAUGAGAGCCCUCAGGAAAUUGCCAAUAAAGUGGAAGGCCUGCUGGGGUGCAAGCCAGAAGUUACCAUCGAGUGCACAGGGGUGGAGACCUCCAUCCAGGCGGGCAUAUACGCCACUCAAUCUGGUGGGACACUGGUGCUUGUGGGGCUGGGCUCUGAGAUGACCAGUGUGCCCCUAGUGCACGCAGCUACCAGGGAGGUGGACAUCAAGGGUGUGUUUCGAUACUGCAACACAUGGCCGAUGGCGAUUUCAAUGCUUGCAUCAAAGUCUGUGAAUGUAAAGCCCUUGGUCACCCAUCGGUUUCCUCUGGAGAAAGCUCUGGAGGCCUUUGAAACAUCCAAAAAGGGAUUGGGGUUGAAAGUCAUGAUCAAGUGUGACCCCAAGGACCAGAAUCCAUGAUAUGAAUUGGGCUCUGUCCUUGUCCCCACUCUCAGCAUCUUGGGGUUGAGUGGUUGGCUGGGCAGUGGUGGAAAUUUCUUUUGAGUAGUAAGAAUAAUUAAAAUAAUUCAUUAUUAAAAGAGAGCCUUA